UUUCAGCUGUGGAAGACGUAUUCUCUUCUGGUAGAAGACUGAUGUCAUAUAAGUCACUGAAAGAGCUACUAUGCACAAAUGGGUUCAUAGCAUUACAUUUUCCAACUGAUUUCACCACUUUCGAUCCGUGCCAAUCUCAUCAAUUGACUCUAUCACAUAUUUUCACCUUGCCGAAGUAAUAUUUUGUGGUAAUUUACAAUUCGUGUCAGUUUUAUCCAUACUUAACUAUCCUUAUUCAUCAUGGGUUUAUUUUGCUUUUAAUGCAAAUUAUCAUGUUACCAAAGUAAUAUUUUGUAGUAAUUUACAACUCAUGCCAACCUUCUCCUUGAUCAACCACACUCUUUCUCCUUCUUUGUUUAUCAUUUCAUGAUUUUCUGUUUCUGUUUUACCGAACUAAUACUUUAUAGUCCCUUUCCUACCACAGGUAAUUAAAAUGUCACAACAUGUAGCUUCAGGAAUAGGUUUAUGAAAAAGCAGAAUUUCCUCGCGUCAAUUAUAACUUUUAAUUUUUUGUUCAUAAGGCAGUUUGAUUUGCUUAAGACUUGCUAAGUCAUUCUUACGUGUAGCACCUACAUUUGUAAAUUUUCCUCCGUUACAUAUAAUGAGUGAUAAGGCUUUCCUAAUGAGAUAAUCUUGCUGCUUUCCACUCUUAGGGGUUCAUAUCGUUGUUCCAGAGAUCGGACCAUGACGGUAAACGCAGGGACUCUUUUACUCAUUCUUGCCUGUUACGCUGUACAUUGUAAGUACUCGUUCUAUUUUUAUAGGGAAACAUAAUGUUAAACGAUGUGAAUGCUGAUUUAAGUACGUUUGCUAUGAGAUAUGCAUUGUCAAAUACAUUUGCAAAUUUAACUUUGUAGAAUUCUUGUUUGAUACCAUAUACGGCUUUUUCCUACCAAACUAUAUGAGAAGAAAAUAAGUCGCUGAACUUAGAAUUAUUUUAAGAUUUUUCUAGGUUCAUUUAUACUCAGAAAGAUCGAGUUACUCGUGGGAUUCUUUUAGAAAUUGUUAUUUCAGUAACAAAGAUCUUUUCCUCUUUUUAGCAAUUAUCAUUUAGUUUGGAAUCAGGGUUUGUACUGGCUAUUACUGAUAUAAAUUCUUUCAAAACCGCCUCAUUGUUAUAUACUGUCCAGUAUAAAUUUAUCACUAGAGAAAGAUCCAAGUCUCUUGCAGAAGUGAGUGGUGUGUUUCCUUUCACUAUAACAACAUAACGAUGAAAUUUUAAUCUCAGCCAUGGCAGUCGACGUUCAAGAGGACAAAUUCGCUCCGACACCCCAGUCCGACACCCCUGAACGUCAAGAGCUACCCAAAAGUUUCCAAAAUGCAGGUACAGUAUCAUCACUUUUUUGUAAUUUGUCUUGUACUAAGUAUUCUUUUUCGUAGAAUACCAUAGUACGCAUAAAGGAUACGCCUUUGUCAUCGCCUGAAUUUUUUUAAACAAAUGUAUUCCAUAUUGUCGUGUGUCAGAUCAAUAAUAAGUCACAGAUAGUGUCAAAAUGUGGUGAGAACAAAAAAGUGGCAGAGAAAUUGCUCAGUGAAAUGGCAUCGAUUUGCCUUAUGUAACAAUGAAGCGAAAAGUUGGUGAUGGCAACGUCAUCUAUGCGUCACUAUAACGACACUAUAACAACAUAACGAUGAAAUUUUAAUCUCAGCCAUGGCAGCCGACGUUCAAGAGGACGAAUUCGGUUCGACACCCCAGUCCGACACCCCUGAACGUCAAGAGCUACCCCAAAGUUUCCAAAAUGCAGGUACAAUUUCGUCACUUUUUUACAAUUUGUUUUGUAGUAAGUAUUCUUUUUCAUAAAUACGUAGAAUACUAUAGUAGGCAUAAAAGAUACGCCUUUGUCAUCGCCUGAAUUUUUUUAAACAAAUAUAUUCAUAUUGUCGUGUGUCAGAUCAAUAAUAAAUCACAGAUAGUGUCAAAAUGUGGUGAGAACAAAAAAGUAGCAGAGAAAUUGCUCAGUGAAAUGGCAUCGAUUUGUUUUAUGUAACAUUGAAGCGAAAAGUUGGUGAUGGCGACGUCAUCUAUGUGCCCCUCCUCCAAGAACUCAUAAGAAAGAGCCAAUCAAAAAAUGCAUGCAUACUUCAGCUUAUCAUGUAAUAUCCCAUAGGUUAUCGCAGUGCGAUUUCAUCACCUCUCUUCAGAAGAAUUAUCAAUGGAGCACAUGCCCUUCAUCCUGCCGCAUGGCCCUGGCUGGCUUCAUUGAGAACAUUACAUCAUGGUCAUUUUUGCGGUGGCUCACUGAUCAGUCCUGAAUGGGUGCUUACAGCUGCUCACUGCUUUUUUGACCCCCAUACUCAUCAACCUUCAAUCAAUCUUCAGACAAUGCAGGUGUUUUUGGGUAGGUAUACCCAUCAUAGACGGUUGGUCAUUCUUUUAGAAGUAUUAACUAACUAUGAAUCGAAGAGCGAAGGGCUGAGCGUUGCCUCCAUUCACCACCCAUCUCCCUCAAAGUAACUUUUUUGGUUUUGUGAGAACACUUAAGAAUUAUCUUACCCUCCAGGUGAGAUUGAGAGGUUGCAGUAUAAAUUCCGGGAAAUAUGAUCUCCAGGAGCUACGCGUCGACCAGAACGGCUGCUAGAUAUAAAAGUGGCCGAAGUUUCUGUAGAUAAUGGAUUUAAGCUUGAUCUAACUGGUUGCAACGGAAUUACACAGUGUACAAUCAUCAGUGCCGCUUUUAUAUAAUCAGUCCGUCUCAAAAAUGAUAUAAAUGGCUUUACCUCGUUGCACAUAUGAAGUCAAAUUUGGAUGCCUAACAUCACGACCACUUCACAUACGUUGUCAAUUUUCUCAUAUUUAGUACUAAAUAUUCAAUUUGACCUGCAGAUAUCGAUUGCUAAUCGAGAUGGGUAAAAAUGUUUUCAUAACUAAAUUAAAUAUAACUUAUUAAAUUAUACUGGAAAUGAUACAGAAACGUAGGCUCAAACGUUUUAAGCUCCAUAUUUUAAACAUUUUGUUUUCAAUUACAAAUUAAAGCUAUGAUAUUUUGAUUGUGCUGAUAGCCGAUCUCGAAAUGUACAAUUUUAUGAGAGCAAUAUGCCUCACUCGUGAUAUAUUUCUUUUUAUUUCAGGUGCCAAGGGUCACAAUCAGCCUGGUAUGCACUUUGGAGUUGCACAGUUGGUCUUGCAUCCCCAAUAUAGGCCGUUUCUACAGGCGGGUCCAUUUGACAUUGCCCUUAUAAGGCUCGCUGGCAGGGUAACCAAUAUCCCACCUGUCCCCUUGCCUAAUAAUAACCCAACAGAACCAUCGCUUACAGCAAAAUGCAUGGCUGCUGGUAAGCAUAUUUGAUUAAUGUUUGAUCAAUAUAAAAAACUUAAAAGAAAAAAAAAAACUAGACUAUGAGACCGAACUUCUCGCUACGAUGUGGGAGAGCGGUUGCCUCUUUGUUAGUGAGCUGGAGUCUGGGUGGAGAAGUCUGGGUUCGAGACCUGACCAGGUCAUCGUGUUGUGCACUUGGGAAAAACACUUUUCUUUCACAGUGCCUCUCUCCAUCCAGGAGUAUUAAUUUGGUACCGGUGAAUUGUCAGGGAAGCCUGAUCAAAUGCUGGGGGGUAACCUCGGGAUAGAUUAACCUCCCAUCCAGAGGGGGGGUGGGCGCUUAGCUUGACAUAACCUUUCCUCACUAUGAUGAUAAAUAUAUUCAUAUAGUCUAGGUAAAGAAUACUCGUCAAUUGCCAAAGCUUCCAACACAAAUGUCUCUACUACGAUUUAAGGAGGAUGUAUGUCAGAUGUAAUGCUACCACGGGUUUUAAUGGAUGUUGCACGUGCACAAAUGUGUCUACAUAACCCAGACUAGCAAUGUCUUUUUGUUUUUCCAUUUUCAACAUUUUGCGGCGUUCCCUGAUGCAAAUAUGAAAGCACCAUCAAAGAUUAAAACUAUUAGCACUGAUUCCAAUCAUCAGGUUGGGGACGUCAUAUACCUGGGCCAAACAGAUUAACCCCUCCAGUUCUUCAACAAGCACCGAUGCCUCUUCAAGACCCUCGGAGAUGUGGAAUGAGCAUAGCUAAUAUUAAUUUCCAGUUAUGUGCAGGAGGAACUGGAACUAGUACAUGCCAAGGGGACAGCGGUGGUCCACUGUUUUGUGAAGACCGUGGAAGGUUUGCCCUCCAAGGGAUCACGUCCUUUGGACACUCGUUUUGUAUAUCUGACCGAUCCAGUGUGUACACUCGGGUCAGUUUUUUCGUGGGCUGGAUCCGAGGAAUCAUGGCAGGUAUAAACUUUUAGUCAUUUACCCACGAUAUGUUUGACCGCAUGUUAGGGGAACUGAACAAAAUUCACCAGUUCGAGGCUUUCGUUUUUCCUUCAUGAUUUGGCUUGUUCACCUAGGCCUUCCAUUUCUUUUGGUUAGUUUCAACCAGAAAAGGUUUGUGGUUGUGCAAGGAAAAUUUGUUGAAUUAGCUGACGAGUGUGUUGUUUCGCGAUAUAGCGCCUUAUGUAGUAAAACCAGAAGUAAAAUAAGCUAAACGGCCAAUCAGAUGAAAGGACGACCAAUCAGAUGAAAGGACGAUAUCUCCAGUAAAUCUCAAAUAAAAAUUUCGCAACCUACUUCAAGGGCUAAAUCUGACUGGUUGAGAAAGUGGCGCGAGUUUCCUAGACCAAUCAAAGAGCAAAGUAAAGUUAAUCCAAAGCGACCCCAGGAGAUCGCCAGUUUCUAUUCGAUUUCGUAAAUGAAACUUCAAUAUUGAGGAUCGCGUGAUAUGCCUCAGUCUUAAUCAUUGUAGAUGACACUUGCAGAUAUCAUAAACAUCUUGAGGGGAGCUAUGGAAUUAAGAGAUUGGUAAUCGCCGUACGAGAGAACCGAAAUUUGACAAACCAGUAUAAUUUUCAGUAUAUUUGAUAAUCGGAGGUUUCUUCGUUAAUCAUACAUCAGACCAGAGAAAAUCCAAAAGCAAGCAAGUAAUGGCAGAAGGAGGUGUUAAAAAUUAUUAGAAACUUGCUCACUGACAUUAAAUUCAAACCCUUAAUUGUCAUAAUAACUAUUUUGAACUGACGUAAUUCUUGGAAAUACAAUGAUAGAAACGCGCUGCUGUUGCCUUCUUUCCACUUUAAAUAAUAGAUGAAAAACUUCCAUAACUAUCCCUAACUGUAAUUGAGAGAGAAACCUUUACAAAACAAGUGGAUGACGAUGCAAUUUGCCACUGCUUUUAUGUACGGUGGUAUGGGUAUGCCAUGAUAAAUGAAGAAAGCUGCAGUUACUUUUAUUCCGUUAUAGGACCGAGGCCAGGGCCAGGUGUGCCGCAUCCUUUUAUUCCGAGAUUUCCAGUGCCAGGUACAGUAUUUUAA